UGAGUGGGUGGACCUGAUAACGCAUAAACUGGAUCAACAACUAAGCCCGCCCCUAUCUAUUGAACAAGGAAGCUGUUUCCAGUUGUGGCGAGGUGAACAAAAUACGACAAAUUACUAUUUGUAUAUGUCUUUUUAAUUAAUCGACAUCGAAUCCUAGUAGACUAACGAUACGUCUGUAAACAUUUACGCGAAACACUCAUUGCACAGCAAUUCAUGAUUAGGCGAUUAACAUAGGCCACCUGUUGCAUCUUAAUCUUGAACAGUACAUCUUCAACGCUCAGGCUUCAAUCACAACUUCGAUCCCCUCUUGAGCGAGAUGGCAAAACUGAACAGUCACAGCAGGUACAUUUUCACCUGUGUCCUAGUAAUUCUUGUCAUGGUAGAACAAGGAGACGCACAUAUCCUUAAAGGCCUGGCUGAUUUACCAGCCUUAAGGGACAUAGUCGUGAAAGAGGGAAGCAGCACACUUAUUGAAUGCAAUGUAACUGGAAGCCACGACGAUAUUCUGUGGUAUAAUUCAAAAGGGCAUAUACUGGAUGAAAAAGAAGGGGGUGGCAAAUGGCUGAUACUGGACCAGGGAAUCCUAAACAUUACCACAGUAACAUUUGAGGACAGGGGCAGGUACACAUGUGUCGCUUCAAACUCAAAUGGAACAUCAAACUACACCAUCAUAUUACGGGUGGCUUACACACACGGUGGCCUAGGCCUGUACUAUGUCAUUGUCUGCCUCAUCACCUUCACAGUCACCAUGAUACUGAACGUCACACUCCUCUGCAUGGUCAGCACCCACCUGAGGAAGACGGAACGGGCCAUCAAUGAGUUCUUCCGCACAGAGGGGGCUGAAAAACUGCAGAAGGCCUUUGAAAUUGCCAAACGGAUUCCCAUCAUCACCUCAGCCAAGACCUUAGAGCUGGCCAAGGUCACACAGUUCAAGACGAAGGAAUUUGCCCGGCACAUGGAGGAACUGGCACGUAGCAUCCCACUGCCUCCACUUAUUAUGAACUGCAAGGCCUAUGUUGAUGACAUUUUAGAGACACCAACAAGGUCGGGGUACCAGCCACAACAGGCCAUAGGUGCUGCCUGUGAUGGUGAAAGUGGAGAGGUGACCGGCAGUGUCCCUCCAACAGACGGGCUAAGUCACGAGAAUCACGAGGAAGAAAGGGAAGACACCCCAGUGGUGAAUAGCAUGGACAUAAAGGUUUCUGUUCACCCCGUUAGCACCCUUCAGGCUGCUGUGGCUGUCAGUGAGGAGAACGAGGAGUGUGAUGUCAGGGUGUCCAUGCUACAGUCAAGCACUGCUGACCAAAAUGACAUUGACGUAAAGACAUAGGCCUUCUGUUAAGACUCUUCAGUGGCUUUCAGUUAGGAAGGCACAUAUAUGAUAAACGGAGAUCCCUGUGGCAGCAGAAUAGGGCUAUGUGACCAAAUGGGAGGGGUUAUAUUUGGGGUUCUUCUGGUGGUGGCUGUGAUUUUUUUAGCUGCUUGAUUACUAUGUUCUGAUUUCAUUGGAUGUAUUGCCUGAGUGAUGUUUCCAUUAAAGAGCUGGUAUACCGAC